AUUCAUCACUCAGUCGUCGUUCAUGCCAGCUAUCGACCCGAGUUCUCAGGCAGCCCUCAAACCAGGAAAUGGAUCUUUCCACACUGUCUCCCACCACCACUUUUCCGAUCGGCCGGGGCUGUCUGUUUCACUGAUCCCAGAGCUGUGUGGCAGCAGGAGAGAGUGACACAGCAGUGUGCUGCUAAAGCAUAGAAUAUUCCUGAGCUGCAGCACAUCACCUGCCCGGAUCUAAACUCCUCCGAGGUUGUGGAAAAGCUGUUGCUGCAUUUAGUGUUCUCAAAACAUUAACGGUGCUGAUCAAAGAAGCAGCUCUUGAAGAACGAAGGCCCUGUGUUAGCCAGAAGGACUAGGAGCCCCUCAAUGUGGCUGUGGAAGAGGGGGAGCAGAUUAACGAAAUGGACACUUACGCCACCAGGAUUUCAUUUGCUGCAGUUUCUUGUCAGCUUGAGAAAGUAGUAAAGAAGACUGUAGAGGAGCAGAACAACACAGGAAUCCAGAUAUGAACCCUGAUGAAGAUGAGUUAAACUCCUAUGAGACUGAAAUAAGUGAGGAUGAAGAUGACCAGGAUGGGAACAAUUCUGACCUCUUGUCAGACUCUAAGCAAAAUACUGAAGAUGAAAACAAAGACUUGAAUGAAAGUAGUUCUUCUAAAUCAGAUGUUAGGUCUGUCAAAUGUUUUACCUGCCCUGAGUGUGGCAAACAAUUUCGCCACAAGCAGUCUCUCCAGGAGCAUGUGACCAUUACAAGUCAUUCAGAUAUGAGGCCUACAAGUAUGAAUAAGAAACUUGUUGGAGUAAAGCAAAAUGUAGACUCGUGCAGGGGAGUCCAGGUAAAACCAAAGUCCUUUAGUUGUGAUGAAUGUAGAAAAACAUUUAGUCUAAAGUCAUAUUUAAAAAAACACAUAAGAGUUCACACAGGAGAGAAGCCUUUUGCUUGUGAUCUCUGUGGACAAAGAUUUACCUCUAAGGGAGAUCUAAACAAACACAUGAGAGUCCACACAAGAGAGAAGCCUUUUGUUUGUGAGCUCUGUGGACUAAGAUUUAGCCAUAAGGGAAAUUUAGACAAACACAUGAGAGUCCACACAAGAGAGAAACCUUUUGCUUGUGAGCUUUGCGGAAAAAGAUUUAGCCAAAGUGGAACUUUAAAGAGACACGUAAAAUUCCACACAGGAGAGAAACCUUUUGCUUGUGAGCUCUGUGGACAAAAAUUUAGUCAAAAGGGAGCUCUAGAGAGACACAUGAGGGUCCACACAGGACAGAAACCGUUUACUUGUGAACUCUGUGGACAAAGAUUUCACAACAAGGGAGGUUUAGACACACAUGUAAGAGUCCACACAGGGCAGAAGCCGUUUAUUUGCGAGCUCUGUGGACAAAGAUUUAGCCAAGAUGGACAUUUAAAGAGACACAUGAGAGUUCACACAGGAGAGAAGCCUUUUGCUUGUGAGCUCUGUGGACAAAGAUUUAGUGAAAAGUCAUGUUUAAACAAUCACAUGAGAAUCCACACAGGAGAAAAGCCUUUUGCUUGUGAGCUCUGUGGACAAAGAUUUAGUGCAAAUUCAAGUUUAAACCAACACAUGAGAGUUCACACAGGAGAGAAGCCUUUUGCUUGUGAACUCUGUGGACAAACAUUUAGCAACAGGAGCAGUUUAGACACACAUUUAAGAGUCCACACAGGGCAGAAGCCUUUUACUUGUGAGCUCUGUGGACAAAAAUUUAGCCAAGGUGGAACUUUAGUGAGACACAGGAGAGUUCACACAGGAGAGAAGCCUUUUGCCUGUGAGCUCUGUGAACAAAAAUUUAGUCAAAAGGGAGUUCUAGAGAGACACAUGAGGGUCCACACAGGACAGAAACCAUUUACUUGUGAACUCUGUGGACAAAGAUUUUGCGACAAGAGAGGUUUAGACACACAUGCAAGAGUCCACACAGGGCAGAAGCCGUUUAUUUGUGAGCUCUGUGGACAAAGAUUUAGCCAAGAUGGAAAUUUAAAGAGACACAGGAGAGUUCACACAGGAGAGAAGCCUUUUGCCUGUGAGCUCUGUGGACAAAGGUUUAGCCAUAAGGGAAAUAUAAAGAAACACAUGAGAGUCCACACAGGAAACAAAGCAUCCAUGUAACUAAAAGGGUUCCUGUUAAGCCGGGCGUAUACUGUGCGACUUUUUCACUUUUUUGAGCCGAUUUUCCACUCGUGCGAGAAUCCACAAGAUCGGGGUGAGUUUUGCUCUGAGCGUCGUGUCGGGGGGUUACGAGAGGCUAUUAACACCACGUGACCAGCUACCGAUCAGCAAUUGUGAGCUCGCGCAGACUUGUGGAGUGUUUGAUAUUUUGCUCGUCCCUCGUGAGGGUAUCGCACUGUUGAAGCGGCGCUGAGAGCAGCUGCGACCCCAAAAGUAUCAGAACCGCUCACGGCGCAUGCGCAAUCAUGCAUCAACACCGCUCGUCCGCUAUUUUCCUAAUAACACACAUUGUUCGUUUUUAUUUCUACACGUUCUUUUACUCACAAAGAUUGUCAAGAAAGCGUGUUUGUCGUGUUCAUGUCGAAUUAAACUGAUCACAAAACAUAAAUUUACUUUCUUUAUUUCGUCUUCCUCAUCCAACCCCAUAAAUCCCUGUGUGUCCCCCUGCAGCACUCCCGAAGGACAACAGUCGAGACAAAAAAGUCUGACGUGUUGAGUAAAAACUGCUAUUUGUAGCAUAUUUUUACGUCCGACGUGUUGCUACCAGACGUACAGUGUGAGCAGUCACCUCCGAGAACUGGGUCAUACAGCGUGAGCACAUGACUCGUGAGAUCUGCCCUGCGAGGAAGUCGUACAGUUUGAGCUGAAGCUGAGUGCUACAAGUGAAAAAGUCGCACAGUGUCUGCCCAGCUUUAUCCUUGUAAAUGUAUCAGUGCCCCCCCCCCCCCAGAUAAUGUCAUUUGUUUAACCAUCCACCUUUGAAACCAAAAUUAAUUCCUUGAAUGAAUGAGUAGCCUACAUGAUUUAGAUCAUUAACCACAAUUAGCUGUAUUCAAAGGACCAGUCAGGUGGUGAUUAUCAUGUUAAGAAAUGAUAAAGGACAGCAGAGUCAUAAAACAUACAAUCCAAUUAUUUAUUGUACAGGUUAGACGAGAUCAAAGGCUGCUGUGAUGGUCCCACCACCCACUUUAUCCCACCAUCACAUAAUCUUUGUGAAAACGCAUGAUUGUGUGCCACAUUACCACCACAAACUCACACUUAUAAAUGACCAAAUGCCUCGACUUUGCUGCAAAGUUGCGGGCAAGUUUUGUUGCUGGUUAGGAGGAACAAUCACCAGCUGCUUCUCUUCAUCUAAUGCCGAGAUCACACUGUGCGAUUUUUGUCCGUCUUUGCCAAAUCCCUUGUCCUGAGCAGAAUCGUGACAAAAAAACGGUCAACAUCAGGGUGCUUGGAAACCUACGAUUUCUGUCUGCGAUCGACUAAUCAAAACACACCUUUGGAACGCCAAAGCAGCAAGACUCCGCCUCUCUGAGCUUCGGUUUCAAUUUAUGUUUAAAAUGCGGAGUAUAAAUUACACACUAGUUUUUAUUUCUGUUAUUAUCCCAAGUUAAACUGAAGUUAUACUAAAAUGAUUAAACUACAUUUUUAAUCCUCAGAUAAAUUGUGAUAACUGUGAUCAUGUGAUCUGUGAGAGGGACAGAGGAAGCUCUGCGACCGCGGGUGUGAGCUGUCACAUGGAGUGGAUCUGCGGAGCAGUGAGACAGAAAUCACGGCAAAACUUUAGAUAUUACAGCCAUCUGUGACAGAUUCUUACUUCUCUGUUGUUUAACAGGUUCUCUUGUGUAUAAAGGAGAAGGAUGAAUGACCAGCAAGCAGAUACUGUUUAGCUGGAAGCUGGGAAAAGACGCUAAAAAUGUUUUUAUGUUUUCAGCCUUGUUAUGGUUAGCGGUCUGCUUAGUGACGUAUGCUUUGGGAGGUGUGCUCAUUAUGCAGCGUGUCCUGCAGGAGAGAGACGUCGUACAGUCUGGCUCACUGAAAUCUUUCUAUACAGUGUGCCACCUUUCUGGAGUUCUCAGUGUGACGUGAACAAUCCUGUGUGACGGCCAAAAAUCACAGUGUGAUCCGGGCUUUAGGGAAGGCUUUCUCAAAACAGGAGUUUUUCACCUUUUUAACUUUCUAAUUUACAUAAAAAGUAGGUCACACACUUAGCUUAGACUUAAUGGCAUGCUACUUUAGACCACACUUUCCUUGUUCUGCUCUUGUUAUGCCUUUCCCGGUAUCCACCGAUUUCCCUCUUUCUUGUUCAUUUUCUCUCUCCCUUUCCUUAAUUUUUUAUUCAUAAUUUUUAUAAACAUUUUUUUAAAAUAUUUUUAUACUUGCAUUAUUUUUGUUUUUGUGAAACGCCUUGUUAUUUUUAUCUUGAGGCGCUAUAUAAAAUAUCGUUUUCUUAUCUUUUCGUUCUUUAUUCAACAAGAAGAAGAAAAGUGUUGGUUUAGAUUCUAGGUUCUCUAGAAAUAUUCUUUUAUAAUUUUUAAUGUUUUUUUCUUUAUUGUGAUUUGCUGUAAACCUGAUUAUAUGAUAUGUACUUUAUUGUAAAUACACAGAACCAUUGCUGACAUGUCAUGUGCAAUUGUUGUAAAACCGGAUGUUUGAAAAGAAACAGGCGAGCUAAACCAGAAGCGGGAAACGUUUAGAAAAUGGGGAAUGACAAAUUCAGGGUAUGGCUGCAGCCAAUUAUUGGUCAAAAUUAAAAAGGAAUUUGUAGUUUUUGUAAAAAAUACUCAUUUUUAUUUAAUCAGCAUACUUACAUUUUAUCUUUUACUUAUCAAGUUUUUGUCUUUGCAUUUAAACUUCAGUUAUCUUAAAAGUUUUGCUCAUUAGUUAAGGGUUUGUUUUGUUUUAUUAUCAAACAGAAAUGUAUAUAAAAUAGCUAAAAACAUUUUUUGUUAAUCAUUUUCUUAUUUACAUGUUUUAUCUUUUCUAUCCUGACUAGAGACACAAUUACAGAGGAAUAAAGGAAAAGAUGUGAUUGAACAUUUUAAAUGCUUUAUGUAACUUGUUCUUUUACUAUUUUAAACUUUUAUUCAUUAAAAGGGUUUUUGUUUUUGAACCCAAAAGGAAA